AUGGAAGGCAAGCAGAAAAUUCCCAAAGGCAGGUUUCUCAAGAGAAUGACUAGAAGUUCAACUAAGGAAACGGAUUCUUCUCUCACUAAGGUUGUCCCUCAACAGGUGGUUCACAAUCCUACAAAGGAAAAGAAGAGAACAAGAUCAAAGACAUUGUUAACCGCCACUGAAGAUCAUCGUAAUAAAUCAUUAGCCCAAGUGGGAGCUGAAGAAAUCCAAUCGAGUUUGAAUCCGAAAUACCCUAGCUUCAUCAAAAUCAUGCUCCCCUCGCAUGUUAGUAAUGGGUUUUGGCUGGGACUUCCUGCAACAUUUUGCUCUUUGAAUCUACCGAAAGAGGACUUUGAUUUAACUUUGUUGGAUGAAGAUGGGGAAGAGCACACUGUAAAAUGUCUUCCUCGGAAGUUUGGACUAAGUGGUGGAUGGGGAACAUUUUCCAGGGUACACAAGUUGGCUGCAGGAGAUGCUGUGGUCUUCCAGUUAGUUGAGGCUACCAAAUUCAAGGUUUACAUAGUAAGAGGAACACGCGGUUUGGCAUGUGAUAUUCCGGAAGAAGGGAGUGACAUUGCAGACCACUCAGAUGCUAAGGAAAGAAAUAAACGCAAGCGCGUAUCAUCUCAUCCUACAGUCCCUCUACCUGGUGAAGAUCAGGAUAGUGUUCUCUCAUUACCUGAAGAUUGUAAUGAAAUGGAGAUGACUAAAAGACGUGGACAGAAACAAAUUAAGUCUGAUCCUUCAGUCCCUCUUCAUGGCGAGGAUCGAGAUGUUACUCUUCCACUAGAAAGUUCGAUACAGCCAGACGACAAUGGUAAUAAUGAAGUGGAAAUUGAUCUAAAUAUUAUGCUUUCACCAGAAAGUUCGAGACAGCCAGAAGGCCGUAGUGAUGAAGAGGUAAUUGAUCGAAAUAUUACGCUUCUACUAGCAAGUUCGAGGCAGCUAGAUGACCAUAGUAGUGAAGAGGUAAUUGAUUCAGAAGUUUUGGAACGUAUAAAAUUUUCCGACUCCACUUUUGAGGUUCAGGAUGUUACUAAUUUAGAAAGUUUCACCAUAGUAGUCAACGGUUUGAUUAUAGAUUCCGAGAUAUCUGCAAAUGUUAGAACUAAGUACUACGAGCUCUGCUGCAGUCAGAAAACUCAUCUUCAUAGACAUCUUAUACAAGGGAUGAACAGUAAAUUAGUUGCAGGUAUGAUUUGUGAGACAGUGAAUAUUGCCGAUGCCAUCAGGGGAAGUAAGCUUAGUACUCCUAAGGAUGAAUAUAAAGCAUGGCAGAAGAGCUUAAUUGGAUUUAAACAUCUAGGAAUGAACGUUGAGUUCUUACUUUCUCGGUUAGACAUGCUUCUGAAACUAGCCUUGGAAUCAGAACAUGCACUCGAGUACAACGAACAGGAUCGUGCCAAAGAGGAGGAGUUAUCAACUCUUGAAAAGAGAAUUCUUGAACUCAGAAAUGAGUCCACAAGGCUCGAGAAAGAAGUAGAAACUUUAAAAGUCAAUGCAGAGAAGCAUGAGGCAUUCCAUAAUGUGGUAAAUUCUCCUUGGUGAUUCGGUAUGAAUGAGGGGCGGAAGGAAGAUUCUUGGUUGUUUCUUGGUUGUCUGUGUUUGAAUGUACAAUUUUUUUAACCGUGGAGUAUGUACUCUAG